GGUGGAUACAAAGCAGUAAUAGGAUUGCGUGAAAAGAACCCAUCGCUCGAAAUCCUGACAUCGAUAACAUCAUCAAACCACACAAAAGCUUACAACGAGCUGAUAAACUGCAACCGCUGCAGCCAGCAGUUCAUUCAAUCCACCCUCAAGUUCCUCGAAGAGAACAAAUUCGACGGCGUGCAGAUAGAAUGGCGAUUGGCCUCAAAUUACCAAUUAAAAUCAUUACUACGGUCGCUCUACACCUCACUGUCUUCCCGAGGCUACACCCUUGCCGUAGUAUUGCGACCACACGAUUUGGUGGACCCAGAGCUAGCAGAAAAUUUAGACUUAAUAAUCCUGAGACCCUGGCACCUGAAUUACCAGAAGGCCUCCCACCUCGCAUCUCUCCGUUCUCUGUCAUCAUUUUCGCAGCGAUGGCUAGAAGCAGACGUCAGUCCGCAGAAAAUAAUCAUCGACCUGCCGCUGUUUGGCAAAAGCUACACCUUGAAGUACAAAAACUCAAGCGAAGUUUCUUCUCCCAGCCUGGGGCCAGGAAUCGAAGGCUCUUACACGAAACAACGCGGAAUUAUGUCCUACUAUGAGAUCUGCAGUAAAUUGGAGGGCCUUUGGGACCACGGAAGGGAUAGAGACGGACCUUACAUAAAUUUCGGCGACCAAUGGGUCGCGUAUGACGACCCCAUUUCAAUAAAAAUCAAAGUCGCUUACAUCAAGUCCACGAAUCUUGGCGGUGUUUCGCUGAGCUCGCUGGACUUUGAUGAUUUUGUAGGAAUUUGUGGGGAUCCCUGGCCGAUAUUGAAAGUCGCCGCCAGAGGUCUCGGCUUGUAUGACUCUCCGGUUGACAAAUGCAAUAUGGAAGAGACCUACAGCGACAGGGAGAACUGCGCGGGAUUUUUCGUUUGCGAGCAGGGAAAUCUUUACCACGGACAGUGCAAAGACGACCAGUUCUUUGAUUCUAGAGAGAAAAGGUGUGUUAAGGCAGAUCCUGAGAUGUGUAAUCCUGGACACUUAGGACGGUACACGGAGCAGGUGGAUUAUUUAGCAGCCUUGAAGGAAAGACAGCGCAGUCAGCAGCUAAGACUGCAGAGAGGAUCAGGACCUAGAGUUGUUUGUUAUGUCACAUCCUGGGCGUUGUACAGGAAGGAUGAAGGGACAUUCGUGCCGGAACAUUUGGACACUAGGUUGUGCACUGACGUUAUUUAUGCCUUUGCGGGGUUGAAUCCUGAUACUUUGCUCUUACAGCCGUUUGAUCCUUGGGCAGAUAUUGAACAUGGUCUUUAUGAGAGAAUUACUUCGUCAAGAGACUCAAGAGUUUUGCUGGCAAUUGGGGGCUGGACUGAUAGUACUGGAGAUAAAUACUCGCGUUUGGUCAGCAGUGAAAGCUCGAGGAAGAAAUUUAUUGAAAGCGCGAUAAAUUUCUUGCAUGCUCACAAUUUUGACGGACUUUCCUUCGAAUGGAACUACCCGAAAUGUUGGCAGAGCGACUGCAAAAAAGGCCCAGAUUCGGACCGUCCAAAUUUCACCAAGUUUAUUAAAGAAAUGAGCCGUGCUUUUAAUACAGCGACGCCUUCUUUGAAGUUAGCAGUCACUCUUUCAGGGUACAAAGAAGUUAUAGAUAGAGCUUAUGAUGUUCAAGAGAUUUCAGAAGCUGCGGACUUCAUUUCUGUUAUGACUUAUGACUACCACGGGGCCUGGGAAUCCAAAACUGGUCAUCUGGCUCCACUGUACGCUCACCCGCAAGAUGAUUAUCCUUAUUACAAUAUUAACUGGACAGUUAAUUAUUUAAUUGCCAAAGGGAUCCAAAAAUCAAAAUUAGUAGUCGGAAUUCCAUUCUACGGUCAAGCGUACCGUCUUUCCCAGCCAGAACGUUCUAAUCUAGGCGACCCCGCGACAGGACCUGGAACGCCUGGAGAAUUUACAGGUCAGCCUGGCAUGCUGGGAUACUACGAAAUUUGCGAAAGGAUAAAAUACCGCGGAUGGAAAACUGGCUCUGGUCCUAGCGCUUAUUUCCACGACCAAUUCGUAGCUUAUGAUGACGUGAAAAGUGUCGCAGAAAAAGGAGCCUGGAUAAAAGACAACGGGUUUGGCGGUGCAAUGGCAUGGACUGUUGAUCUCGACGAUUUUCUCAACAAGUGCUGCAAAGAACCCUUCCCUCUGUUGCGCAGUUUGAAUCGUGCUCUGGGUAAAUUAAGAUUUUAUUACUUUAAUUAUUAUCGCGGAGAAAACUGUCAGCGACCCUCUGAGCCAGUAACUCCGCCGCCGCCCACGCUGACGACUCACAGCGAUGCAAAUGACGGUGUUCCGCGGCCUACGCGUCCAGGUUCUACUUCAACUACAAAAUCUACUACAUGGCCUACUUGGACCGAAAAGACAACGAAAAAACCUAGUUCUACUACUGUUAAUUGGCAAACUUGGACUUGGAGUACUUGGUACCCUACAUCUUCUACGACCACUUCUACAACAAUAAAAGCACCGGCGUGGACUGAAUGGACGACCCAAAAACCAACAACUCAAAAACUGACAACCCAGUCAGUUUCAACAGGAUCAUCUUCCACCGGAAACUCCUGUAAUUCAGGAGAAUAUGUUCCUGAUCCCAACGAUUGUAAUCUGUACUUCCGAUGCGUCCUUGGAGAAUUCAGACGUGGAAGUUGUACGCUGGGAUUACAUUGGGACAGUGCUCACAAUCGCUGUGACUGGCCUGCUACUGCCAGGUGUCACCAAGGAGUUAAUCAAAAUGUCGACAAACCUUGGACCCAAAAACCGGUGCAAAGACCAAUCACAACUACUACAACGACCACAAAGGGUCCAACAACAAUUACUACAACAACAACAACAACGACAGGCAAACCUUGUUCACAUGGACAAUAUUACGCCGUACCUGAUUCGUGUACGCAAUUUUUAAUCUGCGUUAAUGACAACCUCGUGAAACAGCAAUGUGGUCCCGGUCUUAAUUGGAACGAUGCGAAAAAAAUGUGCGACUGGGCUUUUAUGAAUCCUUGUAAAGAUACGCCGAAAAAAACUUCGGCUCUGAUGAUGAAGGAAAUGGAUUCUAUGAAUGAACCUUGUACUUCAGGAAGUUACAGCGGUGUUCCUGGGGAUUGUAAGAGUUACCACGCAUGUUUAUGGGGUCGCCAUGAAAAAUUCGCAUGUGCUCCAGGUCUACACUUCAACAGAGAAUCCAACAUAUGUGACUGGCCACACCGAGCUAACUGCGAAGAAAAUCCUACUACUCAGCAUUGGUGGACUGUUUCUUCUUCUCCUUCAACAACGACAACUACACAGACUCCUUGGACACCACCACCAACAACAACAACAACAACAACAACAACAACAACAAGUCCAAAACCGCUUCCAUCUGCAGAAAUAGAUCCAACAAAAGUAUCUCCACUCUCUGGAUACUUCAAAGUAGUCUGCUACUUCACAAAUUGGGCAUGGUACCGCCGAGGAAUCGGAAAAUACCUGCCGGAACACAUCGAUCAUACAUUAUGUACUCACAUUAUUUAUGGAUUCGCAGUACUCGAUUAUUCCGAGCUGACCAUCCGCGCGCAUGACUCAUGGGCAGAUUAUGAUAAUCGAUUUUACGAACGUGUGGUAGCUUACAAAAAACGCGGCGUUAAAGUGUCUCUGGCCCUCGGAGGCUGGAACGAUUCCGCGGGUGACAAGUACAGUCGCUUGGUUAAUUCACCGUCUUCUAGGCGCAAGUUUAUUGAGCAUACAAUUAAAUUUAUCGAGAAGUACAACUUCGAUGGGCUGGACCUCGACUGGGAGUACCCAGUUUGCUGGCAAGUCGACUGCAGCAAAGGACCCAAGUCCGACAAAGAAGGUUUCGCGGCUUUGUUACGCGAGCUGAGCGCUGAGUUCAAACCCCGCGGGUGGUUGUUGUCCUCCGCAGUGUCUCCCAGCAAAACGGUUAUUGACAAAGGGUAUGAUGUACCCGCUUUGAAUAAAUACCUCGACUGGAUCGCGGUUAUGGCUUAUGAUUACCACGGACAGUGGGACAAGAAAACGGGGCACGUUGCGCCUCUUUAUUAUCAUGAUCAAGAUGAGGUGUUCUUCUUUAAUGGUAAUUACACGAUUAAUUACUGGAUCGCUAAAGGCGCGUCGCCGAGGAAAAUUAUUAUGGGAAUGCCAUUAUACGGUCAAUCAUUUUCAAUCCACGAUCCGAAAGCUGGAACUGGACUAAACUCCCCAGCAAGUGCUGGAGUAGCUGGUGAAUUCACUCAAGCCGCUGGAUUCUUGGCUUACUACGAAAUCUGCGACCGAAUUCGUAAUCGCGGGUGGAAAAUCUUCCAGGACCCGGAACGCCGUAUGGGACCUUACGCGUACAAGGGUAACCAAUGGGUAAGUUUCGAUGACUCUGAUAUGAUUCGCCAAAAGGCGCAAUUUGUUAGAGACAUGAAUCUUGGGGGUGGAAUGGUCUGGGCGCUGGAUCUUGAUGAUUUCCGAGGAAGAUGCGGUGAAGGUCGACAUCCGCUGAUGCAAACUUUGCAACUUGUUUUGUCUGAGCCUCCUAAUAAACAUGAUCAUCGUAACCAUGGUAUGAAACAUGGACCUGAAGAAUUCAAAGUUGUAUGUUACUUCACAAACUGGGCAUGGUACCGUCAAGAAGGUGGCAAAUUUUUACCUGAAAAUAUUGACAGUGAUUUGUGUACUCACGUCAUCUAUGGAUUUGCUGUGUUAGAUGGCACUUCAUUAACUAUUAAACCUCAUGAUUCUUGGGCAGAUAUUGACAACAAAUUUUAUGAGCGAGUAGUAGCUCUAAAAGCCAAAGGAAUAAAAGUUCUUAUAGCAAUUGGAGGAUGGAACGAUUCAGCAGGCGAUAAAUACAGUCGUUUAGUUAACUCUCCAUCUUCAAGAACAAGAUUUAUCACCCACGUAACGCAGUUCAUUGAGAAGUAUAGCUUCGAUGGUCUUGAUUUAGAUUGGGAGUAUCCAGUUUGUUGGCAGGUUGAUUGUACAAAAGGUCCAGCUUCAGACAAAGAAAGUUUCACAGCAUUAGUAAAAGAACUUAGCGAUACAUUCAAGCCCAAGGGUCUAUUGCUAUCAUCAGCAGUAUCUCCCAGCAAGCGAGUGAUCGGUCACGGCUACGACGUAGCUGCUCUCGCAAAAUACUUGGACUGGAUUUCCGUAAUGACCUACGACUUCCACGGACAGUGGGACAAGAAAACAGGACAUGUUGCUCCAUUGUAUGUGCGUCCAGACGACUGGGAGAUGACUUUCAACGCAAACUUCUCAAUUCAUUACUGGAUGGAGCAAGGGGCGCCAGCGAAGAAGCUUGUCAUGGGAGCUCCGCUUUAUGGACAGUCUUUCAGCCUCGCUGAAAGGAACCAACAUGACUUGAAUGCUCCAACUUAUGGAGGUGGAGAAGCCGGGGACUCGACUCGCGCUCGUGGAUUUUUGGCUUACUAUGAAAUUUGCGAAAGAACAUUGAAGAGGGGUUGGACCGUCGUGCAAGAUCCAGAGCGACGUAUUGGGCCCUACGCAUACCAGGGCGACCAGUGGGUCAGUUUUGACGACGCGGAACAGAUAAGACUCAAGUCGGAAUUCAUCAAAAAGCUUGGACUUGGUGGUGGAAUGAUUUGGGCUCUAGAUCUUGAUGAUUUUGAAAACCGAUGUGGUUGCGAAGCCAGUCCGCUGUUGAAGACCAUGAAUCGUGUGUUGAGAAACUAUCCGGCUGGUCCUACUUGCAAAGUUACAGGGUCAAAAGCUCCUGAAGUAGCACCAAUAAGUUCAACUGAGCCGAUCAGCCAGAAGCCGUCUUGGGAACAAACAACAUCUUGGGACAAAUGGACGGUUUCGACAACCCACAAGCCCAUGCCAAUAGACCCAGAUGACUCUAUAGAAGUUAUCGCUGGAGCUCCACCUCCGACGAUGCUGCCGAUAGGAGAAUGUGAUGAUAAACAGUUUAUUCCUCAUGCUGAAGACUGUUCCAAGUAUGUGUUGUGUAACUUUGGACAGUUGUCGGAGAUGACUUGUCCUUCAGGUUUGCAUUGGAACAAAGAUCACUGUGAUUGGCCUGAGAAUGCUCAGUGUAAAAAAAAAGCUGAGAAAAUUGAAGAGAGUAACGCGAUCUCUCAAUCAGACAUGCCAAUGGGAUUGCCAUCCCAAAUUCAAGAAGUCGGAGAAAUAAACCGCGGCUCGAAAAAAGUUAUUUGCUACUUUACAAACUGGGCAUGGUACCGUCCAGAAAGCGGAAAAUAUCUUCCAGAAGACAUAAAUCCAAACUUAUGCACGCACAUCGUUUACGGAUUCACGGUGCUGGACUACGACAUGCUGACCAUAAAAAUGCACGAUAUGUGGGCAGACGUAGACAACAAAUUCUACGAGCGAGUGACCGCUUACAAAUCCAAGGGUAUAAAGGUCCUGGUUGCCUUGGGAGGAUGGAACGACUCUGCAGGCGACAAGUACAGUCGUCUAGUCAACAACCCGACUGCCAGAGCACGGUUUGUCAAACACGCGGUUCAGUUUGUCGAGAAGUACAACUUCGACGGAUUGGAUUUGGAUUGGGAGUACCCAGUUUGCUGGCAAGUUAAGUGCGAAAGCGGUCCAGCUUCAGACAAGAAAGCUUUUGCAUUGCUGGUCAAAGAACUGAGUCAGGAAUUUAAGCCCCGCGGGUGGCUAGUUUCUGCAGCUGUGUCUCCUAGUAAAAGGGUCAUUGAUCACGGCUAUGAUGUUCCGAUGCUUAACAAGUACUUGGAUUGGAUCGCGGUGAUGACUUACGACUUCCACGGGCAUUGGGAACAAAAAACAGGACAUGUAGCGCCGCUUUACUAUUAUCCGGGUGAUGAGUACGAUUACUUCAACGCCAACUUCUCGAUGAGGUACUGGAUUGAAAAAGGAGCUGCGCCUUCGAAAUUGGUCAUGGGUGUUCCUCUUUACGGGCAAAGUUUUACGCUGUCCAGUAGUUAUGACUCUGGUUUGCAAGCAUCAGCUCCAAGACCCGGACAUGCUGGUACUUUUACAAGAAGUGCUGGAUUUUUAGCUUUCUAUGAGAUUUGCGAGAAAGUCAAAAGCGGAUGGACAAUAACGAAAGAUCCUUUAAAACGUAUCGGUCCUUAUGCAAUCCGUAACGACCAAUGGGUAAGUUACGAUGAUGUAACAAAUGUCCUAGCGAAGGCUUCAUUCAUCCGCGAAUUGGACCUCGCGGGUGGAAUGAUUUGGGCGCUGGAUCUUGACGACUUCAAAGGUAAAUGUGGGUGUGGAAAGUAUCCGCUUCUCAGCGCGCUAAAUCGCGGCUUAGGAGGAUCUGCACACGGAAAAGACUGCACGUAGUAAUUUGGCUUGAAAUUUUAAAUGUAUUUUUUUUUAAGUCCAACACUUUAUUAAG